AUGGCAUCUUGUAAUCUUCUAGUCAUACAAACCACAUCCAUAAUUAUGUUUAGUUCACUACUAUCAAGGCCAGUCAAUAGUUCCUACGAUCCGUCUUAUCAUUUUUCUCCUGUUACUAGAGAGAUUAAAAAUGACCCCACAUCAAAUGGAGUUGUCUCAACCACAAAGAAUGCAACACCUCUUGCCCCAUCAAAAUAUGAUACAACUAUCCCUUUAAAAAAACGAUAUCCUAAUCUAGUACAUAAUUUCCCCAAACCAGAAUUAGAUGAGAAUGUAAUACUAGAGACUAAAAAAAUCAUUGAUUCCAUAUUGAAUCCCUCUGAUGAGCCAACUAAUGAUAUUAAUUAUAUCAAAUAUGAAAAUCCAAAUCCAAAUCCAAAUCCAAAUCCAAAUCCAAAUCAAGAACAACAACAACAACUGCUGCUGCUGCUGCUGAAAAUAAUUCAAAUCAAACAAUUUCAAGAAGAUCCAAUGCUUCCACCAAAAUUCAAAUUACGUAAGAAUCGACAUGAAAGGAUCAUUGAAGAUGUUACAUUUGUUAAAGAUCUCAAAACGAAAAAAUUAACUAAAGAAGAUCGAGAAUUUUGGAAUAUACCAGCAGCAGUAUCAAAUUGGAAAAAUUCUCAAGGUUUUACUAUUGGAUUAGAUAAAAGAAUGAUUGGGAGAGAACAUGUACCUAUAGAAAUGAAUAUUGAAAAAUUUAAUGAUUUAUCAACAGCAUUAUCUGAUGCUGAUUUACAAGCUAGAGAAGAUCUUAAACAACGGAAUGAAAUUCGUCAACAGAAACAAUUACAAGAAAAAAGAUUACGUGAUGAAAAAAUUAAAGAAAUUGCUAAUCGUUCUAAAAGAAGACGAUAUUAA